UGAUUCACUACAGAAUCAGCACGGACGGGUUUAACUAACAGUUGUUAUUGUAUCGAAACAGAAAGUAUUUCCGUGAGUGUCUGGUAAGGAUGAGCAGUUAGUGGGCUGUACUUGUGUUGAGUGUGUUUGCUCCACCAGCAGCCGCUGCUGAACAGAAAUAGGCUGAGACUGCUGCCAUAUCUUCCUAAAUUAGACAUGGCCGCGACCGGAGUUCUCCCCUUCAUCAGGGGAGUAGACCUCAGUGGGAAUGACUUUAAGGGGGGUUAUUUCCCGGAGCAUGUCAAGUCUAUGACCAGCUUGCGAUGGCUGAAGCUCAACAGAACGGGGCUUUGCUAUCUUCCAGAGGAACUGGCCUCCCUACAGAAACUGGAACAUUUGUCUGUGAGUCACAACAGCCUGACGACGCUGCAUGGAGAGUUAUCAAGUCUUCCCAAUCUAAGGGCGGUUGUGGCCAGAGCAAACAACCUGAAGAACUCUGGCGUUCCUGAUGAUAUUUUUCAGCUGGAUGAUCUUUCUGUGCUGGAUCUGAGCUACAACCAACUAACAGAAAUCCCUCGGGAUUUGGAGAACUCCAGAAACAUGUUGGUCUUAAACCUCAGUCACAAUAGCAUUGAUAACAUCUCAAAUCAGCUGUUCAUUAACCUCACUGAUCUGCUGUACCUGGACCUGAGUGACAAUAAUUUGGACAGUCUUCCUCCUCAGAUGAGACGCUUGGUCCAUUUGCAGACCCUCAUACUCAAUAAUAAUCCGCUUAUGCACGCGCAGCUGAGGCAGUUACCUGCUAUGGUGGCCCUUCAAACCCUUCAUUUAAGAAACACUCAGCGUACUCAAAAUAACAUGCCCACGAGUCUGGAGGGCCUCACUAACCUAGCAGACGUGGAUCUGUCCUGCAAUGAUCUGACUCGGGUACCAGAAUGCUUGUAUUCGCUGGCUAAUCUCAAACGGCUGAAUCUGAGCAGCAAUCAGAUAUCUGAACUAUCACUGUGUAUAGACCAGUGGACCAAACUCGAGACGCUCAAUCUUUCUAGGAAUCAGCUCACAUCCCUGCCUUCUGCCAUUUGCAAGCUGUCUAAGCUGAAGAAGCUGUAUGUGAACUCAAACAAAAUAGAUUUUGAUGGGCUUCCAUCUGGUGUUGGAAAAUUGUCCAACCUGGUUGAGUUCAUGGCUGCAAAUAAUAAUUUGGAGCUUGUUCCAGAGGGGCUUUGCAGGUGUGGAAAAUUGAAAAAGCUGGUUUUGAACAAGAACCGGCUUGUGACAUUACCAGAGGCCAUUCAUUUCCUCACUGACCUGCAGGUUUUGGAUGUCCGUGAGAAUCCAAAUCUAGUAAUGCCCCCUAAACCAGUGGACAGGACGGCCGAGUGGUACAACAUAGACUUCUCUUUGCAGAACCAACUGCGAUUGGCUGGUGCGUCUCCAGCCACUGUGGCAGCAGCUGGUGGAGGAAAUAACCCAAGAGACCAUAUGGCCAGAAAAAUGAGGCUAAGGAGACGCAAGGACUCGACCCAGGAUGAUCAGGCUAAACAGGUGCUGAAGGGAAUGUCAGACGUGGCUCAGGAGAAGAACAAAUCCAUCGAGGAGAAUGGAGACUUAAAACACUCUGAUCUGAAAACCAAACGAUGGGACAAGAACCUGGAGAAACCGCAGCUGGAUUACUCGGAGUUCUUCAUGGAGGAUGUGGGCCAGAUCCCUGGUGUCACCGUUUGGCAGAUCGAAAACUUUAUUCCCAUCCAGGUGGACGAGGCCUUUCUUGGGAAGUUCUAUGAGGCAGACUGUUACAUUGUUCUCAAGACGUUCUUAGAUGACAACGGAGCCCUGAACUGGCACAUCUAUUACUGGAUCGGGCAGGAAGCUACCCUUGAUAAGAAAGCCGGCUCUGCCAUCCAUGCUGUCAACCUCCGUAAUUAUUUGGGAGCCGAGUGCAGGACUAUCAGAGAGGAGAUGGGAGACGAGAGUGAAGAAUUCACUGCAGUGUUCAACAAUGAGAUUUCUUAUAUUGAGGGUGGAACUGCAAGUGGAUUUUACACAGUAGAGGACACUCAAUACCAAACCAGGUUGUACAGGGUUUAUGGGAAAAAGAACAUCAGAUUAGAAUCUGUGCCUCUGAAAGCGUCCUCACUCGACCCCCGGUUUGUCUUUUUGUUGGACACUGGUCUUGAGAUAUUUGUUUGGAGAGGAGGCAAUGCAACACUUGGUGGUACUACAAAAGCGAGGUUAUUUGCUGAGAAGAUCAACAAAAAUGAGCGAAAAGGCAAAGCAGAGAUUACAACUUUGAUGCAGAAUCAGGAACCUCCAGAGUUUUGGGAAAUUCUUGGGGGACAGCCCGAGGAAAUCAAGAAACAUGUCCCAGAUGACUUCACUCCUGUCCGACCCAAGCUCUAUAAGGUUGGUUUGGGCUUGGGAUACCUUGAACUUCCUCAGAUCAACUACAAACUCUCUGUGGAGCACAAGGACAAGCUCAAGCUAGAUGUGGUUCCCGAGCAAAGACUGGUCCAAGGCCUUUUAGACACUAAAGGAGUCUACAUCGUAGAUUGCUGGUCGGAUGUCUUCAUUUGGAUCGGCCGUAAGUCCCCACGUCUUGUGCGGGCAGCUGCAUUGAAGCUGGGCCAAGAGGUGUGCAGUAUGCUCCAUCGGCCAAAACACGCCGUGGUCAUCCGCAAUCUGGAGGGCACAGAGUGCCAGGUCUUCAAAUCCAAGUUCAAGAAUUGGGAUGACGUGUUGAAGGUGGAUUAUACCAGGAACGCAGAGAGUGUGAAGCAAAAUGAGGGCUUGAGUGGAAAGGUGAAGAAGGAUGCAGAGCAGAAGGAUCAGAUGAAAGCCGACCUGACAGCUCUGUUCCUUCCUAGACAGCCAGCAAUGCCUCUCACAGAGGCGGAACAGAUGAUGGAGGAGUGGAACGAGGAUUUGGACGGCAUGGAGGGAUUCGUUCUGGAGGGGAAGAAGUUUGCCCGUUUACCAGAGGAGGAGUUUGGGCACUUUUAUACUCAGGAUUGCUACGUCUUUCUCUGCAGGUACUGGGUGCCAGUGGAGUAUGAGGAUGAUCAGGAGAAAGACAAAGACAAAGAGGCAGACGAUGAGGACAAACAGCCUGAAGAAGACUUCCAGUGUGUGGUUUACUUCUGGCAGGGCCGUGAGGCCUCCAACAUGGGCUGGCUGACCUUCACUUUCAGCCUGCAGAAGAAGUUUGAGAGCUUGUUCCCAGGCAAACUGGAGGUUGUGAGGAUGACCCAGCAGCAGGAGAAUCUGAAGUUCCUGUCACAUUUCAAGAGGAAGUUCAUCAUCCACAAAGGCAAGAGGAAGCUAAAAGUGGACAGUGUGCAGCCAAGCUUAUACCACAUCAGAACAAACGGAAGUGCGCUGUGCACCAGGACUAUUCAAAUAGCCACAGAUUCCAGUAACCUCAACUCUGAAUUCUGCUUCAUACUGAAGGUGCCGUUUGAAAGUACAGACAACCAGGGAAUCGUGUACACGUGGGUGGGCCGAGCAGCAGACCCAGACGAAGCUAAACUGGCAGAGGACAUCAUGAACACCAUGUUCGACGACACCUACAGCAAGCAGGUGAUAAAUGAAGGAGAAGAGCCAGAAAAUUUCUUCUGGGUUGGCAUCGGCUCACAGAAGCCAUACGAUGAAGAUGCAGAGUACAUGAAAUAUGCUAGACUCUUUAGGUGCUCCAACGAGAAGGGUUACUUUGCUGUAUCAGAGAAGUGCUCCGACUUCUGUCAAGAUGACCUGGCCGAUGACGACAUCAUGCUUUUGGACAAUGGGAAAGAGGUUUACAUGUGGGUUGGCACACAGACUAGCCAGGUGGAGAUUAAACUGAGCUUGAAGGCUUGUCAGGUCUAUAUUCAGCACAUGAGGUCCAAGGAUGCAGAGCACCCCAGAAAACUGCGCCUGGUGCGCAAGGGCAACGAACCUCACUGUUUCACCCGCUGUUUCCACGCAUGGAGCACCUUCAAGACUGCACCUGCAUAAAUCAGCCUCACACCUCACACACAGCCUGUCUGAAUACAGUUUGAGCAAACACCACUACUCACAACAGACCAUACAUUAUUAAUGUGCACUGCAUCACUCUCUUUAAAAAGCUCAAAUAUAUAUAUUUGCUAAUUGAAUUUUAUAUUUAUGUGUAGAUUUUAGGGGUGCUCCGAUCACGAUCGGCCGAUCGUUAAUGCGCAUCUCGUCAGUAAAGCCGGUUCUCUAAUCAGCGGUU